ACAAAUAAUAAUAUACAUAAAAUUGUUUUGGUCUUUCUCAGCAUUCUAAACCUUUGCUUAGUUAAUUAAUUGAUUCAUUUUACACAUAUUAGGUGAGUGACUAUUAUGUACUAGGUCCUGUUUUAGUUAUUUGUUAUCAAUGAGCAAAAAAAAAGUUAUCAAUGAACAAAGAAAAAAGUUCUUGAUCUCAUGAGGCUUAUAUUUCAGUGUGUGGUGUGAAACAUAUGUAAACAAUUAGUGUAAUGCUUAAAUGAUUGUGUUAGACUGUGGGGCUAUGGAGAAUAAUGAAGCAGAAUAAAAGAGCAAAGGGGUACACCUGAUGUAGGUGUGACAGUGACAGCAGAUUUUAUUGAACAGGUUAUAGUUGAGUAAAAAACACACGUGGCAGCUAAGGAAUUAGUUUUGUAGAUUUUUGAGGUGCAAGGUUCUAGGCAGAUGUGAAAGCCAGUGGAAUAAUAAUAAAUGCAAGCUGAUAUGAUUAGGCUUUGUGUCCCCACCCAAAUCUCAUCUUGAAUUGUAAUCCCCAUGUGUUAAGGGAGAGAUCUGAUGGGAGGUGAUUGGAUCCUGGGGGCAGUUUCUCCCAUGCUGUUCUGCUGAUAGUGAGUGAGUUCUCACAAGAUCUGAUGGUUUUCGAUGCAGUUUUCCCUGCUCUUGCUCGCCCUUGUCUCUCCUGCAGUUCUUUGAAGAGGUGCCUGCUUCCUCUUUGCCUUCUGCCAUGAUUGUAAGUUUCCUGUGGCCUCCUUAGCCACAUGGAACUGUGAGUCAAUUAAAUCCUUUGUUUAUAAAUAACCCAGUCUUGGGUAGUUAUCUCUAUAGCAGUAGGAAAAGAGACUAAAAAACAAGCAUUCAAGAAGUGUUUCAAAGAUAGCUUAGAAGCCAUUUUGGGCAACGAAACAUAUAUGAAAUAUGAGGUCAGAGACAAAAAAAAAGAAGAAAGAUCAGAGGCAUAAUGGGAUGAGUGACCAACGAUUUAAUAUAGUUAAUUUAGAAAAGUGGGAAGCCUCUGGAGGUUUCCUAGCAAAGGAGUGAUAUGAACUCACUUACGUUUUAAAAAGUCCUCUUCACUAAAAAAACCCCACACACUCAACAGGUGGCUUUUUCUCUAGAGAUGUACUUCCCAAGGGGUCAUUUUAAGGAAAAAUUCUUAAUUGCUCCUUGUUUUCUAAGGCAAUCACUUAAGGGAGGCUUCUCUUGUGAGCUUCUCCCAAUUUCUCUGACUCGGGUUGAAGGUGUUCAUCAUUCCUGCAUAUAGCAUGCACUUUUCAACUCUAUAUCCUUAUUGGGAAUAUUUCUCUUCAUUCUCAGAGAUUUGUAACUCCUAUUGACUUAGAAUUGGAAAAUGCUCAAUUUCACCGACGUGACAGAGUUCAUUCUUUUGGGGCUAACCAGCCAUCAGGAAUGGCAAAUUCUCUUCUUCAUCGUUUUUCUCGUGGUCUACAUUAUCACCGUGGUGGGCAAUAUUGGCAUGAUCAUGUUAAUCAAGGUCAGUCCUCAGCUUAACAGCCCCAUGUACUUUUUUCUCAGUCAUUUGUCAUUUGUUGAUGUCUGGUUUUCUUCCAAUGUCACCCCUAAAAUGUUGGAAAACCUGUUAUCAGAUAAAAAAACGAUCUCCUAUGCCGGCUGUUUAGUACAGUGCUUCUUCUUCAUUGCUCUUGUCCAUGUGGAAAUUUUUAUUCUUGCUGCGAUGGCCUUUGAUAGAUACAUGGCAAUUGGGAAUCCUUUGCUUUAUUGCAGCAAAAUGUCAAGGGUUGUCUGUAUUCGACUGAUUUCUUUCCCUUACAUAUAUGGUUUUCUGACGAGUCUGGCAGCAACAUUAUGGACUUAUGGCUUGUACUUCUGUGGAAAAAUUGAGAUCAACCACUUCUACUGUGCUGAUCCACCUCUCAUCAAAAUGGCCUGUGCCGGGACCUUUGCAAAAGAAUAUACAAUGCUCAUAAUUGGCGGCAUUAACUUCACAUAUUCUCUGACUGUAGUUACAUUCUCUUAUUUAUUCAUUCUCAUUGCCAUUCUGCGAAUGCACUCAGCAGAAGGAAGGAGGAAGGCCUUUUCCACAUGUGGGUCCCAUCUGACAGCUGUCAUCAUAUUUUAUGGUACUCUGAUCUUCAUGUAUCUCAGACGUCCGACAGAGGAGUCUGUGGCGCAGGGGAAGAUGGUGGCUGUGUUCUAUACCACAGUGAUCCCCAUGUUGAAUCCCAUGAUCUACAGUCUGAGGAACAAGGAUGUGAAAGAGGCCAUGACAAAAGUGAUCAGCAGAUCAUGUUAAACAAAAUGAAAUCAUUGUCUUCUAUUGUUUGGAGAAAUGUUAUUGUCCAGUACCUAGAAACAUUAAGAUAAAGAUAUUCUGUGGGUUGAAAAGAAAAAUGAAAGGGAUGCAAAUUGAGAAAAUAUAAGGUAGAAUGAGUCAUUUCUCUUGAUGCGAGUAGUGGAGAUUAAUUAAAAAUGAACAAAUACAUUAAUAGAAAAGAUGAUGUGGGACAAAGUUCCUAGGUGUACUAAUGGAAAUUGCUCAAAUACCUAGCUGCAAUGAAAAGACUUUUUCUUAUUCAAAAGUACAAUUGCAUUAAUUUACAGAAUAUUUAUUUACUUACUUAAAAACAAAUUUGGGGCCAAAAAACCCCCAUAUCAUGAAAUUGUUUAUUGUUUAACACUUCUUUUAUUCCAUGGGAUCGGGUCUGGUCAGAGACUGCUACUUUGAAAAUAGUAAUGCAAUUGUAUUUCAUGCUUUUUAACUUUUUGGUGUUUCUUAAGAAACACAACAUGGUAAGUGUCUCCCUUUCACAGAUCACAGUAACUGCUGUGUUUCAGUUCUAGGACUGCCAGUCACCAGACUGUGGUUUGCCCUGGCCAGUGGCUUCACUGUGACUGAAAAGUAGGAAAAUUAGUGGAAGACGGUGUCAUUGUAAAAGCAUGGCUCUCCAAAUUCCACAGAAUGAAUUCCAUUCACACUUAUGUGGGAUAUCCGGUACCCCUGUGACUAAGCUAUGACGCUUACAUAUUCUAGUUAACCUUUGCAUUUGAAAUAAAUUCAGUAUUUGUGACACACUA